CGCCAUGCGCCCCCCGGCGCCCGGGGCCCGGCUCCGGCUCCUCGCGGCCGCCGCCCUGGCCGGCCUGGCCCUGCUCGGCCGAGGGCUGCUGUCGCAGAGCCUGGAGUUCAGCUCCCCUGCCGACAACUACACAGUGUGCGAAGGCGACAACGCGACCCUCAGCUGCUUCAUCGACGAGCACGUGACGCGCGUGGCCUGGCUGAACCGCUCCAACAUCCUGUACGCGGGCAACGACCGCUGGACCAGCGACCCCCGAGUUCGGCUGCUGGUCAACACGCCCGAGGAGUUCUCCAUCGUCAUCACGCAGGUGGCGCUGGGCGACGAGGGGCUCUACACCUGCUCCUUCCAGACGCGCCACCAGCCUUUCACCACGCAGGUGUACCUCAUCGUGCACGUGCCCGCCCGCAUCGUGAACAUCUCGUCGCCCGUGACGGUGAAUGAAGGCGGCAGCGUGAACCUGCUCUGCCUGGCUGUGGGGCGGCCGGAGCCCACCGUCACCUGGAGGCAGCUCCGAGAUGGCUUCACGUCCGAGGGCGAGAUCCUGGAGAUCUCCGACGUCCAGCGGGGCCAGGCGGGCGAGUACGAGUGCCUGACGCACAACGGGGUCAGCACGGGCCCCGACAGCCGCCGCGUGCUGGUCACCGUCAACUACCCCCCGACCAUCACGGACGUGACGAGCGCCCGCACCGCCGUGGGCCGGGCCGCCCUGCUGCGCUGCGAGGCCAUGGCCGUGCCCCCCGCCGACUUCCAGUGGUACAAGGACGACAGGCUGCUGAGCGGCGGCCCGGCGGAGGGGCUGAAGGUGCAGACGGAGCGCACGCGCUCGAUGCUGCUGUUCGCCAACGUGAGCGCGCGCCACUACGGCAACUACACGUGUCGCGCCGCCAACCGGCUCGGGGCCUCCAGCGCCUCCAUGCGGCUCCUGCGCCCAGGAUCCCUGGAGAACUCAGCCCCGCGGCCCCCGGGACCCCUGACCCUCCUCUCCGCCCUGGGCUGGCUGUGGUGGAGGAUGUAGGAGGAAAUCCAUGCAGCUGGCUGCCCCUCCGUGCCAGGGGGGUGGGCGCCUGCAGCUGAGAUCAAGAGCAGAAGGGGGAGCGAAUGCCGUGGGUCUCCGGAGAGCAAGAAGAGCUCUCAGCCACGAGGAAGGAGAGAGGAGGAGGAAGAAAAGGAGCGAGACCUUUCGAGAACCCAUCACUGUGAGGGAAAACAAACAAACAAACAAACACGCAAACUUAUGCAUCUUUCUACAGCCAUUCCCGCCACCCUUCACCUUCCCGGCCCCACCCCCGGCCACCCCAUACCCCUCUCUUAGCUCAGGCUGUCAACUGGAUGGCGUGUGUGUGCUUGCGUGUGCGAGCGGGGAGGUGGGGGGCCAGCCCUGCUAACUCACCUGUACGGGGUGGGCUGGGCAAGGGGGCUCAGCAGUCUUCCCCCUCCAACCCCACACCUCUACAUCCUCUGCCCACCCACCCACCCACACCCUGUGCCUCUCACCUCUGGCUGGAGGUAGGGAUGGAGGCUUCUGGGGAGAAACUGUGAAAAGAGGUUGUCCAGGCUCCUGGCUUUUUCUGAUAUAUGCAGCCCCUCUACCCUGCUCUCCCCUCCCCAUCAAAAGGGGGGUUCUCCU